GGAGGGAAAUGGCAUGACAGGGGCGCGUGCACUGCACACCCUCCAGCCUAACUAAUUGAAUUGAAAAACAAAACAAAAAGCAAUUUUCAUUUGUUUACCAAAAAGGCUUUCCAAAACGCUGCUAUUAAUAUUCUUUUCUGCAGAAUUGUUCUUCUCUACGCCCAUACAUGCACAGCACCAGCUUCGGGAGCUGAAACCGGCUUUUGUAAGAGCAUCAGUCAAAAAUCAAUCAAUCAAUCAAUCGAUAGCUCAUUUGCAACGGUCUUCGUCCUUUAAUUUAUUCGCAACCAAGAAGGAAGGGCAAAGAAAUGUCUCUGAUUCGGUAACCGAGUCGACCCCUUCUCCCAAGUCCUCUGCCCAUAUUAAUUGAUUGGAACGAAACGCCAGAAGCCCGCGUCAUUGAGAGGCUGACCUUCCGGGGGCUAAAAAAAGGAAGAAGCGAAAGUUGAAGUGGAAGAAGGCAGAGUCCUUCAGAUUAGUGGAGAAAGAAAUGCGGGGAGGGAAGACAAGAAAGACAAUAAGUGGCACCGCGCCGAAAGAAGCAGCGGGGGAAGUUCUUGAGAAGGAUCAGGCCGCCGCCGCCCUGGAUAAAUCUACUUUCUUAGUGGUACGUCUUCCAAGAUAAACUGCGAAUUUCAGAAUAGAGGGCACCACAUUGAUUUACGACGUUGAUAACAACAUCCGCUCACUGCCAUAAUAACGUGACGUCCACAUUGAUUUUGGAUCCAAGAGUGACAGAAGAGGGAACAAACGAGUAAACCGGAAGCAGGACUAAAACAAUCUCCGAAGUCCAAUUUCCAUGGACAUUAGCCGUCUAAAUUCUAUAGUUUACUUGAAAUAUACUUCCAAAACGCUUAGGUGACAUCGUUUGCCAAUUGUCAAUUAUGCGAAAUUCUUCAUCCAAACAAACAACUUUGUCACAGUUGGCAUGGACCAUGACGACAACUUCCAAGUCAUUGCAUUUCUCCUACGAUUGACAAAUCUAUAUGAUGGGGGUAAAAACUGCAAGAAGGGAAGCAGAUAAUUCAUCAGACCAAGAAUAAAAUUGGCGGAGGGCAACAGAGACGAUGGCAACACUUAGAGAUCAAAGGCGAAGCGUGGUAUUGGUCCCGUAUCCAUACCAGGGGCACAUCACACCAAUGCUGCAGUUGGGGCAAAUUCUUCAUUCUGGAGGGUUCUCUGUCAUAGUUGCACACACUAAAUUCAAUUCUCCCAAUCCUUUGAACCAUCCCGAAUUCUUCUUUUUACCAUUGAAGGACAAUUUAUCUGGCUUUGAUACUUCUUUUGGUAAUACAUUAGCCGUUAUCAGAGCCAUAAAUGAAAACUGCAGAGCUCCUCUACAAGGUUCUCUGGCUCAGAUGAUGAAAGAUCAGGAGAAGCAUGGCCAGGUCUGUUGUAUCAUUCAUGAUGCCAUCAUGCACUUCGGCCGCUCUGUGGCGAAUCAUUUGAAUAUAUCCAGCUUGGUCUUAGGAACCUGCAGUGCUCUUUAUAUGCAAGUUUAUCCUUCCAUUCUUCAACUUCAGUCAGAACAUUAUUUUCCCUUGCAAGAUUCUAAGAUGCUGGAACCUGUACGUGGGCUCGGCACUCUUCGAUUUAAGGAUUUUGCAAUACCCGCUAAUAUUGAAAUACCACAGCCAUUGCUGAAAUUCUAUGAAGAUACAAGCAAUUUGGGAUCCUCUGUUGGCAUCAUCUUGAACACAACAGAGGAGCUGGAUCCUAUGUCACUAUCACAGCUUAAGCAAUAUUACAAAGUUCCCUUAUUCACAAUAGGUCCUUUCCACAAAAUGGCUCCAACCUCAUCAUCAAGUAGCUUCUUAAAAGAAGACAGGAGUUGCAUGGCUUGGCUUGACAAGCAAGCUCCUCAGUCAGUCCUCUACCUAAGCUUGGGCAGUCUAGCGAGCAUAGAAGCAAAAGAGCUAGAGGAGACAGCUUGGGGACUAGCCAAUAGCGGCCAACCAUUCUUGUGGGUUGUUCGGCCAUCUUCUGUCAAUGGCUCAGAAUGGAUUGAGCAGUUACCGAAAGGUUUUCAAGAUGCAGUGUUAGAAAGAGGUCACAUAGUUCAAUGGGCACCUCAAAAAGAAGUUCUCGCACAUUCUGCUGUGGGCGGAUUUUUCAGUCACUGUGGAUGGAAUUCAAUACUGGAGAGUCUUUGUGAAGCAGUUCCAAUGAUUUGCAGACCCUGUUUCGCAGACCAAUUGGCAAAUGCAAGGUACCUAACUCAUGUUUGGAAGGUAGGCUUGGAACUAGAGGUGGUGGAAGACAGAGGAGUCAUAGAGAGAGCCAUAAAGAGACUGAUGGUCGAAAAUGAAGGCAAGGAAAUGAGGCAGAGAGCGGCGGACAUGAAACAAAAACUGGAUAUCUCGACAAAUAAAGGUGGUUCAUCACACAAGUCCUUGAGUGACUUGAUAGAUUUCAUCAACUCAUUUGCUAGGUGAAAAGUUUGUUCUAAGAAUCUAAGGCAGGCAUUGUUGGUACUUUGAAUACCAUCUCAUCCAGAAUCAAACCAUACUAAUUCUGAUACAUAAUAAAGAAUACCUCCAGUAUUUGAUCCGGUU